AUGACUCCGCAACAAAGGCAAGUUCUCUUUCUCUUUGUUCUACUGGGUGUGACUGGGACGGCUUCAAAGCUGGAGCAGUUUUCCGUAGUGGAGGAGAUGGAGAGAGGCUCCUUGGUGGCCAAUGUGGCAAAAGGCUUGGGUCUGGAGGACGGGGAAUUGUCAAAUCGGGGGGCCAGGGUCGCUUUCAAAGGGAAUAAAGAGUACUUACAGCUGCAUCCUAAAACCGGGGACCUAUUCCUGAGAGAGAAACUAGAUCGGGAGAAGCUGUGCGGCCCCACCGAGCCCUGUGAGCUGCCUUUCCAGAUCUUACUGGAAAACCCUUUUCAGGUCGUUCGCGCUGAGCUUAGGGUACAAGACAUUAAUGAUCAUGCGCCAGUUUUCCUAGACACUGAGAUAAUCCUAAAAAUUUCCGAAAUCACCUCCACUGGUACUGUGUUUCUAUUAGAAAAUGCUCAAGAUUUAGAUGUAGGAAACAACAGUCUUCAGAACUACACUAUCAGCCCCAACUCUCAUUUCAAUAUUCAAAUUCGAGGGGAUGCAGAGGGCAGGAAAUACCCAGAGCUCGUACUGGAUAAAGUCCUGGAUCGGGAGGAGCAGCAUGAAUUUAGAUUAACUCUUACUGCAGUGGAUGGGGGAGUUCCACCCAAAUCUGGGACUGCCCAAAUCCUGGUGCUGGUUAUGGACAGCAAUGACAAUGCUCCUGUGUUCUCUCAGUCCCGGUAUGAUGUUCAAAUUCCUGAGGAUAGCCCUAUUAAUUCCCUCGUUGUUGCAGUCUCAGCUAAAGAUUUAGAUACAGGAAAUAACGCAGAAAUAUCCUAUUCGUUGUUCCGUGCCUCUCAAAGCAUUCGUAAAACUUUCCAAUUAAAUGAAAAAUCUGGAGAACUUCGUCUAAAACAGAAACUGGAUUUUGAAACAUGUCAGUCUUAUACAAUAGAUAUUCAGGCCACAGAUGGUGGAGGCCUUUCAGGCAAAUGUACUGUACUUGUUCUAGUGAAGGAUUUAAACGACAAUCCCCCCGAGCUGACUAUGUCCUCACUUACCACCUCUAUCCCAGAGAACUUGCCUGAGACAGCCAUUGCCGUUUUCAGCGUUUCAGAUCUGGAUGCUGGGGAAAAUGGAAAGAUAGUUUGCUCCAUCCAGGAUGAUCUUCCCUUUGCCCUAAAACCUUCUGUUGAGAACUUCUAUACAUUGGUAACAAAGGGAGCACUGGACAGAGAGAGCAGAAAUGAAUAUAACAUUACUAUUACAAUCGCAGAUUUGGGGUUCCCAAGACUCAAAACUGAACACAAUAUCACUAUACAUAUCUCUGACAUCAAUGAUAACCCUCCAGUGUUUACUCAGACAACCUACAAACUGUACCUCCAGGAGAACAACAGUCCUGCCCUCCACAUUGGCAGUGUUAGUGCCAAGGAUAGAGACUCAGGAAUCAAUGCCAAAGUCACUUACUCCCUGCUGCCCCCAGAGAAUGGAGACCUGCCUCUCUUCUCCUACAUCUCCAUCAACUCUGACAAUGGCCAUCUCUAUGCUCUGAGGUCCCUGGAUUAUGAAACCAUCCAAGUUUUCCAGUUCACAGUGACAGCAACUGAUGGUGGUUCCCCAUCUCUGAGCAGCCAGGCUUUGGUUCAAGUUGUGGUACAGGAUAUGAAUGACAACUCUCCCUUUGUGCUGUACCCCUUGCAGAAUGGCACAGCUCCCUGCAAUGACCUGGUACCCAGGACUGCAGAGCCAGGUUACCUGGUCACUAAGGUUGUGGCUGUGGAUAGAGACUGGGGACAGAAUUCCUGGCUUUCCUACCAGCUGCUCAAGGCCACAGAUCCAGGACUCUUCACUGUGUGGGCCCACAAUGGGGAAGUUCGAACAGCAAGACCCAUCAGUGACAGAGAUGCCAUCAAGCAGAGGCUCCUGGUUCUGGUGAAGGACAAUGGGCAGCCUCCUCUGUCCACAGCAGCCACCCUGAAUGUUCUCCUGGUGGAUGGCUUCUCUGAGCCCUAUAUGCAGUUCCCAAAUGCACCCAAGGAACCAAUCGAGUCGGAGUCCCUCACUCUUUAUUUGAUUAUUUCUCUGGUUUCAGUGUCUUUUCUAUUUCUGGUCUCUAUUAUCCUGUUUAUCACCAUAGGACUGUGGAAAAGAAAGAAGGGUGAAGGAAAUGAUUACUUUCCAUCCAGUGUCCCCUUCCCAAGUUAUUUGGGGGAUGUUAGUGGUACUGGGACCUUGUCUCAAAGUUACCAGUAUGAAGUGUGUCUGACCAGUGGUUCAGGGACAAAUGAGUUCAAGUUCUUGAAGCCAAUUAUUACCAACUUCCCUCUUCAGAAAUCUGGGAGUGGCACAGAGGAAAAUCAAACAUCUUAGAAUAACAAUCAGAAAUGCAGUUUUACGAGAAGACUUUGGGUGUCUUUUUUCUCCAGUCAGUUGCACUCACUCAUUCCAUUUUCUUAAGAAGUUCACUACACAACUUUUAAAUUAUUUUUUAUUUGUAUUAGUAUUAGAAAUGAAGUAGCAUUCUUAGAUAAUGAAAAUUCUGUUGUCAAUCUCACUACAAAAUCAAGCUAUAAAAUCUUAGUUACUGGCAAAUUUGUCUUUUUAAAAAUUAAACAACCCACAUUUUAAAUGCAUGUCCAUUUUUUUCUUCAGUUACACUUUUUUAUUCCUUUCUUUUAUCUUUUUAUCAUUAGAUUUUUAACCCUGGAAGAACAAUGAGCUGGAAUAACUUAGAUAAUGGUCUAAUGUGGGCUUUGGCAUUGCUAUGUGGCAUCUUCCUGUACACAGUUUCUUUAUGUGAAAAUAAUAUGCUGGACUAGAUUAUACCUAAAAUCCCUUCUAAUAUUAACCAUUUGUUGUCCUAUUGUUCUUAUUAAACAUAUAAAAUAUACAAGAAAAGUUGCCUUCAUUUUAAGGAACAGAGAGAUGUUUGAGAAUGCCUCCCUCCCCUUAAUCCUGCCUUGAUAGGCUACCAAAAUGGACAAUUUUUUGUUUCCUUUUACUUAUACUAUCUAACUGACCUUUUAUAACCCGUGGUAUAAACAUUUGGACCUAUUUGCACCAUUUAUGUUGAAAACUAGGCAGACUAAUAUCAUUUAGAGCCCUUUUCUCCACCCAGAGUAAAUUAGACACUAUAUCUUGUAGAUAUCUACACCGACAUUUUCAAUCAAACAUUGCUCAUUGUUAUAAACAAGAUAAUCAACAUGAGUAGGGGUAUCUUUCUGUCUAGUUUUAUAAUAUAAGAUAUUAAAAUUUGGUAUAAAAAGAUAGUUCAUAUCCUCUCAGUUUCCCAACUUUUAAAAUAAGAAUAAUAGCAGUAGAUACCUUGAAGUAUUGUUGUAUCAAAUGAAAUUAUUAUAUACAUGUAAGUCAUUUUUUCAGAGCUUAAAGUGCUAUAGUAGUUUACAUUCAGGGUCAACAGAGCUACUGACUACUUUAUUAUAUUUUCACAUUGGUUUACAUGAAAUCAAUUAGAACAAAAACCAAGCAAUCUUUUCUGUAUAAUAAUGGCUACAGUGAAAAUAUAAAAUAAAGAGCCAUCAUAAGACAUUUAAAACUUUUAAGUAGCAAGUAUAGCUGAGCUCUCAAAAAAUGAGCCACCAUUACACAUUUUGUUCUUAUUAUUCAGUAGUUUUAGUCAUGUCUGACUCUUCAUGACCCCAUUUGGGAUUUUUUGGGCAAAGAUACUGGAAUGGUUGGCCAUUUCCUUCUCCAAAUCAUUUUUUACACAUGAGGAACUGAGGCAAACAAGGUUAAGUGAGUUGCCCAGAGUCCUACUAAGUCUGAGGCCAGAUUUGAUCUCAGGGAAAUGUCUUCCUGACUCAAGAUUUAAUAAUCCUUCCAAUGUGCCACCUAGCUGUUUUCACUAUACAUAACCAAGGGAAAUAUAUCUGAAGGCAUCUGGAGUUCACAUCUGAAAAUGGGUGAAGAUUAUAAGAAAAUUUAGUGUAUCUGGCACAGGGAUGUGCUGGAGUCAGCUCUAAUGAAUUUUCUAAAUGUGACUGUUAAAUUUUCAAUAUAUUUAUUUUUACCCUAGAUAUCAACAAUUGCUACAAAUGAGGGCUUGGAUAAUUGUUUGUUGGUUGUCUAGAUUUAAUAAAGUAUUAACCAUGCAGCUUGAAA